AUGGCCGCAGUUUCGGUAGCACUCCAGACUCUGAUCUGCUCCUACCUGCUGUCAGGGGUGCAUUGCAUCCGUGGUACGGAGUCUGAGGGCAGCACCGCGGAGGUUCAGACGAGAUCUGCUCUGCGCUCUGCCCUGGCUCAGGAGGAGUCCAGUGGUGUAGUUGUGGCCAACAACUCUGAGAUCUCGAAGCUCGAGCAGACCUACUUCUCUAAGUGGGGAACGCCGGAAGAGGUGUGCCACAAGGCCCCUCAGUGCUAUUGCAUACGUCAUACAAAUCAUCAUCACAACGAUGUAUGUGGAUGGUGCGAGUCCACGCAGAAACCAUUCCUAGGCACACCCGCCGGGCCUUCGGAAGAAGGAGUGGUGUGCGGCAACUGGAUUUUCAAGCACGAGGAUUGUCCAUACUUUGUGUGCAAGCCCGAUUAUGAUGCGAAGUGGCUCUUCGAGUUGCUAUGGCCGGUGACAUUCUUCACUGUCGUGGCAGGUGUCAGCACUUUCCGUCACUCUGCCAAAAGUGACACCAGCGAGCCAAAGACAAACCAUGAGUUCAGCUCAAUUACCCGCACACAGCAAGAGUUCAGGAAGGGCUUAUGGGGUGUCCGGUUGCCAGUUUCAAGCACACCUUACCAGCCGACAUUCGACAUACGUCGCGGCGUCUGGUCUCUCAUGCGCCAAUGUACUGCGAUGAGCAACGUGGCUGACUGGACGCUGCUCUUUGGCUUGUACUGCAGCGUGGUCUUCACAAUCGUCCGCUUGGGCGUAAUGGUCGUGGAAAAGGAAGACUGGGCCAGCCUCAGCCAUACAUUGGCUGCAGUUGCGUCAGCACUGGGUCAAUUGAAAGGCAUUGUGACGUUCCUGUUCUCCUUCUAUGUGCUUGGCCGUGUUGGGUGGUGGUGGAACGUCAUGGCCUGUGGGUGGACCAUCCAGGGCAGGGUGGCUGACAUCGCGCUACUUGUGGGUGGUGCCGCGGCAGCUGAGGAGCACAAGGAUUCCGGCGCAAGGUGGGAGUUCAAGUGGCACGUCUACCGCUACCUGAUGACCAUCUUCGUGCUCACCUUCAAGUCGCUGAAUGUUGCUUUUGCCUUCACGUUCGAGGAGUUUGAGAAGAUAGGCCUGCUGGAGAAGGAGGAGUCGGAGGUGCUCGCCAAGAGCCUGCAGCCGCGCAUGGUGGUGCUCAAGUGGCUCUCCAUGCAGGUGACCGGGAACGUCCAGGACAAGCACGUGAAGACCGAGAUCCUGAACCAGAUCGGCCAGUUGCGAGGUGCCACGGCCACCUUACACGACACGAUGUCCAUCCGUGCCCCCAUGUCCUUCGAGGCGGUGAUGCACAUUACGGUGUACCUCUGGAUCAUCACCAUGCCGUUGGCUGAGCUCGGUGGGCGUCUAAGUGACAGGGAGGAUGCCUCGAAGCUGCAUGUCUUUGUGCUCAGCUGCAGCUGCUUGAUGUCCUGCUGGUUCUACCUCUGCAUGGUUGACCUCCUUGAAACGUUCAAGAACUCGUUCGGCGAGGACUCCGAUGACCUGAACCCAGGCGCCAUCAUCAGCGAGACAGAGACGGGCGUCAUUGACUUGCUGACGAGCCCUGUGCCUAGCAGCCUCAGCUCUGUCUGCAAGGAUGAUCUGUACAAAGAGUGA